CAUUCAUCGAUUUACUCGACUUACAACAACUAAUUACAACUAACUCUUCGCAAUGCAAGGACAAGGAGCCCCAUGCCGCCGUUCUAGAAGCCGAUCAAGAUCUCGUGGAGCCUUCAAUCGUCGCUCCAACUAUGGAGAAGCUCAUCCAAUUCAGCCUGCCGUUUUAGCUUCAAUUGUCGAAGAACCAUCAUCUUCAAUCAUGCCAGUGGUGAACCCAUUGAUGGUUGCAGCAAAAGAGCUCAAAUUUCCCUGCCAGUUGGCUCAUGGAUCUCCAGUUGCAAUCAUUGACAAAUGGAACGAUAUGGAGGAAUUGUACCAAUCAAUUGCUGAUUUCUUUGCAAUCUCAAAAGACGAUAUCAUUUUCCUGACGGUUAAUGAUUUCAAGCCAGACAUGAAGAACAUGUUCAGUGGAACACUCAACUUCAAGGAUAUGCUCUUUGCACACGUUCGCGGACAAGCAACUGAGCUCCGAAUGGUCAAAGACGCCAACGUCUUUGGAGUGACAGUCACUGACAACGGACUCGGAAAUGCAUUUAUCAAGGUCAUAAGCCCAGGUUCGGUGUUCGAUCGUAUGCGUCCAGCAACACAAGUUGGUCAACUCAUUGAGGCGAUUAAUGGAGAGUCUGUGCUCGGUAAAAGACAUUACCAAGUUGCUCGUAUGUUGAAAAGUAUUCGUCGCGGCGAGGAAUGUAUCAUUCGAUUGAUUGCUCCAAAGAGUGCGGAUCCAGGAACUAUGAAGAUGACUAGGAAAACUGGCGGAGAUUUAGCAAAAGGAACCAUUCGUUUCAAAUCGGAAGGUGGAUUUGCUGUUGAAGAUAUUCAAGAUCAGAUGAUCCAGGCUGAGAUGUGCGGGAAACUCAACGAACUGUUCGACCAAUAUUUGGGAGUUCAAGAUGAUCAAUUGGCCAUGAGAAUAUGGGAAACUGCCUCAAACUGCGAGACACUUUGGCAACUCAGUGAAGCCAUCAAACAGUCGGAGCUCUCAAUGUUCGAGUUCCCGGAUGGAUUGGUAUUCGACAUGUGGGGAAUUAUUGGUGAUUUGAAACGCGAACAACGUGAGAAAAAGCCAAUGCCAGUCAUGAAGAAUGCUAUUUCAAGACCAUCGGCUAUGAAACUCUUUGACUAACUUGUAUUGUCAAAUAAAUUAUUUUUCUUG